UCCAUGGCAACAUCAAACACGACAACCUGACUCGCGUUUUUUUCUACAGCAGUUUAGCUAGCAUCUCGUUAGCAUUUCACCAUGUCCUGGUUCUGGGAACAUUUUGACAUUAUAUUGACCUUUGUCUGGCUUUACGCACUUAUUAACCAAACUAGAUUGCUAAUUGUUUACUCUCUGUAUUGAAGUACCGGUCUCUGGAGAGGAGCUAGUCCGUUAGCCUUUAGCUCUUUAUCAAUCAGAGCCUCAUCAGCGUCUGCUGAACGCUCGGCUGCUUCUGAAAGCUUUCUUUCUGACAGGAGACACGAUGGUGCGUCUCACCGUGGAUCUCAUCGCUAAAUCUAGAAACCACUUCAGAAAGAAAAGAGGCCUUUCCUUCCCAGAGUACCUGAGGACGCUCACACACCUCCACUUCUUCAGCAAGAACAUCGAGGACAUAGGGGAUCUCUCGAUGUGUAGAAACCUCACCGUUCUCUACCUGUACGAUAAUCACAUCUCACACAUCUGCAACCUGGCCUUCGCCUGCAACCUCACACACCUGUACAUGCAGAACAACAACCUCACACACAUGGACAACCUGCACCACCUGCAGAGGCUCAACAAACUGUAUCUCGGAGGGAACAGGAUCUUGGUGGUUGAAGGUUUGGAGAAUCUUCCAGAUCUGAGCGAGCUUCACCUGGAGAACCAGAGGCUGAAUCCGGGGGAGAAGCUGCUCCUCGACCCCAUGACCCUCCUCUGCCUCGCUGAAUCUCUUUGCGUCCUAAACAUCAACAACAACAACAUCGAUGACAUCAGAGACCUGACGGUGCUGAAGGAGCUCCAGCAUUUCUCUGCAGCGGACAACAGACUAAACAAUCUGGAGGUAAACACAAAUAUCUUUACUUUAACCCGAG